CGGGCGCCCGGCGCGAUGCCUCGGGCCGGCGGUCCCCGCGCGCCGCGCCCCGCCGCGCUGCCCCGCAGCCUGUCCCGCUUGCGCGAGUGCCCGGGCCGCUCCCGCAUCGUGCUGGCGCUCGGGGCCACGCAGAUGGCGCUCGGAUGCCUCAUCGUGGCCGUCAGCUUCGCCGCGCUGGCGCUCACCACCUCGGCCCGCGUCCGCCACUCCUGCCCCUUCUGGGCCGGCUUCUCGGUGCUGCUGUCAGGACUCAUUGGCGUCGUCUCCUGGAAGAGGCCUCUCUCGCUGGUGAUAACCUUUUUCAUGCUGCUCUCUGCAGUGUGUGUAAUGCUGAAUUUGGCUGGUUCAAUUCUCUCCUGUCAGAAUGCUCAGCUAGUGAACUCCCUAGAAGGCUGUCAGUUGAUUAAGUUUGACAGUGUCGAGGUGUGUGUCUGCUGCGAAAGGCAGCACCAGUCGUCGGGCUGCAGCAACCUUGGGGAGACGCUGAAGCUGAACCCACUGCAGGAGGACUGCAACGCUGUGAGGCUCACGUUGAAGGAUCUCCUCUUCAGCGUGUGUGCCCUCAAUGUCCUCUCCACCAUCGUGUGUGCGUUGGCCACGGCCAUGUGCUGCAUGCAGAUGGUCUCUUCCGAUGUCCUCCAGAUGUUCCUUCCACAAAGGGUGCAUUCUGCCAGCCCGGCCUGCGUGACCCCCCAUGGCACCGUGCUCCACCAGACCCUGGAUUUCGAUGAGUUCAUACCCCCACUCCCACCUCCACCCUAUUACCCGCCAGAGUACACCUGCACGCCCACAGCCGAAGCCCACAGGGGCCUCCACUUGGACUUUGCUCCCUCUCCAUUCAGCACUUUGUAUGACGUUGCCAUCAACAGUCCUGGCCUGCUCUACCCCACGGAGCUGCCCCCGCCCUACGAGGCCGUGGUGGGCCCGACCGCCACCAGCCAGCUUACAAGUGUGGAUCAGCAGGUGACCGAGUCCAGCCCCCGGGACCCAGAUACCACUGAUGGCUUCAGCACACAAGAGCCUGCAGAUAGCUCGAGCCUCCUGGCAUCCGAGAGUGCCACUGCACCGGGCCUGAGCCCCGAAGGCCCUGUGGGUGCCUCGCAGCCCCUGCCACCUGGCCUCGAGUCCCCAGAGCGCCCUGGCCAAGGCACAAGGGCGGCGCCAGGUCCUGGGCAUGUGGCCCGCUCCACCAGCGACCCCACUUCGUGCUCAUCUGGUGUGACAGGCACUGCCUCUUCACACACCCCAUCCUGCAGCCAGGACCUGGAAGCAGGACUGUCCGGGGCUGCUCCGGGGACCGUUUCCCGAGCUCACUCUGUCACGGCUGCCUGUGCGGGGCAGCACCCGCUCUCGCCCCCUGGGCCACGGGACACCUGGAAAACAGACCCACGGGGAAAGCCAGAGGCCUUACAUACGGUCUUCAAAGAGCGGCCACAUUCUUUAGUGGACAGCAAGGCCCACGCAGAUGCCAGGGUUUUGGUGGCUAAGUUUUUGGAACACUCGAACUGUGCCCUCCCUCCUGAGGUGCAGCACGUGGUGGGCACCCUGGGCACGGUGGUCCCUGCUGAGGAGGCCCACAUGGAGGAGGCCGUGGUCAGUGCUGGCGUUCUGGACCAGGUGUGACCAGCCCACGGGUCCUGACAGGGCCACAGACGGGCCUGGACUCACCGUCCUUGCUGGAGGUCACUGUGCUCUGUGGAGAGGGGCCUGUGGCCCAGGAGAAUCUCGGGGUGGCCCAGGCGGGGAACUGCUGUCCCUCUCUUCAGGAGGAUCUGGUCUGUCAUUGUCUUGGGGAGGACCCUUCCUACCUGUUCCACUAAUACAGAAAAAUGACUCUCGUGGCCACCAUGAACUCUUUGGUUUUUUCAGGCAUGGAGCACCUAAGCAGUGUUCUGAGAAUCCAGUGACAGGGACACCAGAGACUCUAAGUGUCUUCAGAGUCAGGGCCGUCACAAAGCAAGACUCUGCCCACCUCUGAGUCAGCUGAGUGUUGAGCAGGUAGAGGAUAUCAAGUAAAAUGAGACCAUUUUCUUCUA